CUCGUUUUUUUUUUUUUAUAUAUUUUUUUUUUCCCUUUUUUUUUUAUUCUUUUUUUUUUUUUUUAUUAAAAUAUAAAUAAUAUGGUUCGUCCCAAGAAGGUUUCAAGUGAGGAAAAGGUAGAAGAACCCGUGGCUGUUGUUGCUGAAAGCACUUCUCGUACAAGAAGUAACAAACCCGAGACUGUGGCAGAAGAUAAAAAGGUCAAGGAAACAAAGGAGGAUGUCGUGGAUAAGUUGGAUGUUUCCACCACCACCAACACAGAUACAAAGACUGAAGAACAGCCUGUAAAGAGAAAGCGUGGAAGACCCGCCAGUACAACUCCCAAAAAGAAGCAAAAGGUCAUUGAUCCAUCAAUUCCUAAGCGUGGCAGAGGUAGACCAAAGAAAAUCGUUUCUGCUUAAACUCUCUCUCUCUUUUUCUCUCUCUUUUCUCUCUCUUUCUUUCCAUACAUCUGUCCCAGGGGACCUAUUGUUAAUAGCAUCAUCCAAAGAAAAAAAAAAAGAUUUUUUUUUUCACACAUUAAAAUAAACAAAUAAAAAAAAAAAUAAUAAAAAAAAAAGGGCCUGUAAGCGAAAUCAUCAUAUUUUUUCACACACACUGGGAGAACAAAAAAAAAAAAAAAAAAA